AUUGAAUAAUACAGAUCAGUUUAAUCGAAUCAUUUGCCUUACGUGGUGAUAAUCUCGCUGACAUGUCUAAAUCAGCAGCUUUCUUUAUAUUUGCGCUUAUUCCUUUGUAUGUGGUAGCACAAUCCCCUGAAGGAUCUGUAUGUCUACUGGAGGAUCCAAAAAACCAGUGCGGAUCCUUCUGUCUGUCCGUACUAAAGCCAUUGCUCGAUCACAUUGCUAAACACCAAGACCAGUGGAGUAUCUCUGAUUCUUUAGGUUUAAAUGAAACGCAAUCGAAGCUGGACAGGAUUGAAGGCAUGCAGUUGGCCUUUGAGAAAACUGUAAGGGCAACCAUGCAACCAACGCAGGAUAUGAAGCGAGACUCAACAUAUGGAAAUCAACAAGAUAUUCUAAUUUCUAACGGAAAUCAAACCCUCAAUAAAAUGGAAAGCCAACAGAAACUUUGGCAGCAGGAACUGAUUGAAAAAAUCGCUGAGCCGCGGCAGAUUUUCGAAGACCUGAAGAGUGCACUGGAAACCCAGAUAAAAGAUCUUCAGGGAAAACUCUCUAGCCUUCAGAAUUCCACGGUAUCCAAGUCAAUUCCAGUAAACUUCCAAAAGAUCGCAAACAGGUUUUUCUACAUCGAGAGGCUUUUCCAAAAGAAUUGGUUUUCUGCCUCGGAUACUUGUCGCCGGAUGGGCGGUCAGCUUGCUAUCAUAGAGAACGAGGAGGAGCGGAGGGCUAUUGCGGCUAUGGUAAAUAAACAGGCCAAUUUGGCCUUCUGGCUGGACAUCCACAAUAUGGCCAAUAAGUCGGAGUACACAUCUUCGGCCACCGGGACAAGACCGCCCUUUAUCAAGUGGGGCAAAAACCAGCCAAACUUAUUUAAUGAGGACUGCGUCGCCCUUGAUGAUGGUGAAAUGCAUGAUUACAAUUGUGCCAGUAAAUUGUUCUUCAUUUGUCAGGCCUGA